AUGUUUAUUUUUAGUGCUUUAUUAUUUACCUUAAACAUUUUGGCGAUGGCUGUGCAUGCACAACAUGUACCGCCCGGCGUACCUCCACAACGGUAUCAGGGUCAACCGCCUCAGCAGCAGCAAUUCCAACAGCCUCAAUACCAGCAGCAACAGCAACAAUAUCAACAACCCCAGCAAGUGCAAUAUCAGCAACAACAACAAGUUCCAGUUCAACAACAGCAAGUACCCGUGCAACAGCAGGUUCCUGUUGGUCAUCAACAAGUACCUGUUGAACACGGGCACCACCAUGACCACAGUCGUCCUCAACAGGUUCUGAAUGCAGCCAAUGUUGCUCAGGAAGCCCAGCAUAUAGCUGAGCAUAUGGAUGUGCCAAUAGAUACUAGUAAAAUGACUGAGCAAGAAUUACAAUUCCACUACUUUAAAAUGCACGAUGCUGACAAUAACAAUAAACUCGACGGCUGCGAAUUGAUCAAGUCGUUGAUACAUUGGCACGAGCAGGGCGGCAAGGAAAAUCCGGCAGCAGCUGAAGGCGGUAAAAUCUUCAAGGACGAGGAAUUGGUAAAUUUGAUCGAUCCGAUAUUAAACGUCGACGAUUACAACAAAGAUGGUUACAUCGAUUAUCCGGAAUUCAUUAGGGCUCAACAAAAGGCAGCCGCGCAAGGCAAACCCCAAUCUUAA